AUGUUUAAAUAUCAUUCAUCAGAAAAAGAUUUCAAUUCACAACGUCGUUAUAAACUUUGUGCUGAACAGGAAAAAUUAUUAAGAGAAAGGACUAGUCGUCAAUCUUCCAUAAAACAAGAACAAAAUCGGGAUGCUUUAAGAAAAUUUUAUGAACGUAAAGCCAAAGAAGUUGGUCUAUUAAAUUGUGUUAGUGUUGAGCAACCAUCUAUAAAUUUGGAUGAAGGUUCUGAAACGUCUCAAGUCAAAUGUCCUUUGAAAAAAAAUAAUUCAAAAAAUUCCAAAGAUUUAGUUGAAAGAAUAAAAGCGGGUUAUACGAUUAUCAAGUUCAUCAAAUAUCAUAUUACUAGGCAAAGAACUCGUCAAAUUCUUUCAGAGCUUUACAAACUUCGAGCUAUUGAGAACCAUCUUAUAUCUCUCAAGUCCACUACUAAUAAUAACGAUCUUAAGGAUCCUAUUCGCAAGAUUUUAGAGCAAUUGGACAAAAUCAAUUUCACAGACUUUAUCAAAUUAUCCCACGCGGGUUCUCCGGAAGGAUCUUUAAUGGGUGUGAAACUCCGAAUUGCGGUAAUUGGAAAUGUCAACGUAAAAAAUUCACGUAAAAAAAUUCACGUAAAAAUUCACAAAAAAUUCACGCAAAAAAUUCACAAAAAUUCACGCAAAAAAUUCACGCAAAAAAACAUUCACAAU